CACUCGCCGGCCUCGGUAAUGAGUUCACAACAACGGACAGCCAGCCAGCUCGAGUCAUACAGCAGAGUAUAAAGCCAGCAAAAGCCGGCAAGCUUCGUUUGUUUGCAAACUCUAAUGCACCGCCGAGUUUUCCCGUCGUGAUCAUCAUGCACCACCACACGACCUGGCUCCUGGCCCUAUCCGGCUUCGCGGCCCUCGCGUGUUGCGAAGGGCAGGGCCGUCGAUACUCGACGUGGAUGCUCGACAGCAUCAAGGAGCGAAAGCAGGGCGUCAUAUCCUCUGGCGCGGCAAGCAUCUUCUUCGAGACCGGCCUUCUCUCCAUCGCCAUCGAGGCCACCGUCAAGCAGUACCCGGAGCUGAAGGACCAGUACGCCCCUUACUUGGCGGACGUCCUCGACGUCGGCACUGCCAGCCUGACAAACUCCACGUACACGGCGACGCGGCCCUUGGACCGCUUCUCGAUCGCGAAUGCCAUCGACAAAAUCUCCGAGGCGGGUCUCGCGUCCGUCUCGGCCACGGUAUCAGUGGCAUCGGGCGCCAUUAACGAGUCUCUGGCGCUGCAGAUGAGGAACCCCGAGGGCGGGCUGUGGUAUUACGUCUACCCUCAGUGGAGCUACGCCGACGGCAUGUUCUCCGUGCUACCCUUCAUGGCGUCCCAGCCACGGCCCAACUACACCGACAUCAGCCUGCAAAUGACCCUGCUUUACGAGCACUGCCUCCAGGAGAACUCGUCGCUGACCGUGCACGGGUACGACUACUCGCGGACGGCCGUAUGGGCGGAUAAGGACACAGGCGCCAGCCCGUACGUUUGGAGUCGCGCCGUGGGUUGGUUCAUCGGCGGCCUGGUCCAGACUUGGGAGUCCCUCGACUGUGCCGCCGGCAAGUCCGAGGCGCAACCAGUCUGCAGGCAGGUUCGGCAGAUAGCGACCCAGCUCGCCACGUCGCUGGUCAGAUACGCCGAUCCGGAAACGGGGGUGUGGUGGCAGCUGACGACGUUUCCGGGACGCAGCGGCAACUACCUCGAGAGCUCCAGUACGGCCCUCUUUAUGUUUUCCAUGCUCAAAGGCGAGAGGCUCGGCCUGUUCGCGGACUCCGGGGUGGACUUCAAGAAGGCGGCGCUGAAGGCGUACGACUACACGAUCCGCAAUUUCGUCGUCGACACGGGCAACGGGACCGUUGGCUACGACAAGACGGUGGUGGUGUGCAGCCUCAACUCUACCGCGUCUUACGAAUAUUACACCCAGCAGCCAAUUUUGCCAAAUAGUCUGUUGGGGGAGUCUGCGUUCAUUCUGGCUUCCCUGGAGGUGGAGAGGUGCUGAUGCCGUUGGCACAGUUUUAAGAGGAGGAGCUAUGUGUGUAACAAUAUGACGUUGGUGUAAAGUCAUGUUGAAAAGUGGCAAUGAAGCCUCGCGACUAUAUUCAGGCAUUUGAGACUUCGCGGUACGCACGGAGAUUACGCAUUAGAUAAUGUUUACCACGGCGGGGACAGGAAGACAGAAAGAUUGCCUUAGUCGCCUCGGCCUGGUGAUAGCCAGUAUCUUCCAGACUGAGGUGCACCUUGGCGAGCGACUCGAAAGUGCUGAUAGAAAUAAGACACACGGACCUCAAACAUAGUAAUCGGCUCGAGAGACGAGCCUGAAUUUAGAAGACAUUUAGACUGGGGUACCUUCAUUAUGGUCGCAAAGGAUGAAUCCAACCUCCCAUCUACUCACCGACAAAAUGAUAAAGCCUGUAGCCGUUUUUUCAGGUCCUAGAAACCCGAAACGUUUCCUGUACUUAGUUAGAAUCCCCCUCUGUCUAUAGCGACUACAGCUUCCG